AUGAUAAAAUUGCUAUAUUUGAUUAUUUUUCUAUGCAAUUUAUUCUACUUUUGUAAAUGCGGAACACUACCAGCUUCACAAUUAGCCGAAGCAACACUAAUAACAACAUUAUUAAAUCCAUAUAAUAAAAAUGUCAGACCAGAUGAUCAAGUAUCUGUUGAUAUCACUGCUAAACUACAACAAAUUGUGGCUAUAGAUGAAAAACAACAAAUAAUGACAUCAAGUUCAUUUAUUUCACAAUCAUGGACUGAUGAUCGAUUAUCAUGGACACCAAGUUCAAAUAAUAAUAUUACUGUAGUUAUGCUACCGGUUAAAAGUUUAUGGAUACCAGAUACAAUGGUAUUAAAUUCAGCAGAUUCAAGUGGUUAUUUUACAGUGAGUGAUUAUAGUUUAGCAUCUGUCAAAUAUACAGGUGCAGUGUAUAUGAUAUUACCAGCAUUAACAAUAAAAACAAAAUGUAGCAUAUCUGUUCAAAAGUUUCCAUUUGAUAAACAAAUGUGCAGCAUCAACUUAACAUCAUGGAGUCAAGGAUCUAAUAGAAUCGCAUAUACAGAAAAUAAUAGUUUAGUUAUUGAUAUUAGUGAGUAUAAUGAACAUCCUCUAUGGAAAUUGAAUGGAACAGAUAUGAUUGUAUUUGAAGCAGAAGAUAGAGUACCAUUUGGGGAUGAUUUUAAUGCUGUAAUAUCAAUACAGUUAUAUCUACAAAGAAAACCAUUAUUUUUUAUCAUGAAUGGUAUAUUUGCAUGUUUAAUUUUAAAUUGUGUUACUUUGUUAUCAUAUACAUUACCCUUUGGAACACAAAUUGGUUUAUGUAUGACAUGUUUUAUGACAUAUUCUGUUUAUUCACUAAAUUUUUCUAGUCUAUUUCCACAACAAUCGGAAUAUUUGAUGAUGAUUACAUUAUACUUUUUGUUAUCGAUUUGUUGGACAUUAAUAUCAAUGGUAUGGUUUAUCAUAUGUAAUCACUUUGCAACAAAAGCUGAAAUGCCAAAGCCAAUUUAUGCUUUUUGUGGACAGGUGCAAAGAACACUUUGUUAUUGUUUUCCACCGCCAAAGGAAGAUGUCAAGACAGAUAAAAACAAGGAUGUUGUUGUUGUUGAGAAUGGUGACAUUAAGAAGUUUGAUGAUAAAGAAAGUUCAAAAGUAACAAAUACUGAAAAAAUAAAAUGUGUUUCUUGCCAUGAAUUAUUUGCUCCGUGUCUUAAAAGACGUAUUAAAGUUGAAAACAUUGACAAGGAACAGGAUGCUGCCGUUGAAGGUCUAGAAUCUAACAAAACAAAUCCAACUGAAGUUAACCCAAUUGAACCAGCAGCAUCUGAAAGUACUAGCGAAAUAAAAGAGAUAGAAGUCCUUAAAUCAGCCGCUCGUAAUGAUGGCCUUGCACGAGGUUUACGAGAGUCGGUCAAAGCAUUAGAUCGACGUGAAGCACAUCUUUGUGUUUUAGCAUCAAAUUGUGACGAACAGAACUAUGUUAAAUUAAUUGAAGCCUUAUGUGCUGAACAUAACAUCAAUUUAUUACGUGUUGAUGAUAAUAAAAAAUUAGGUGAAUGGGCUGGCUUAUGCAAAUUAGAUAAAGAUGGCAAAGCUCGCAAAGUAGUUCGAUGUAGUUGCUGUGUUGUUCGUGAUUUUGGUGAUGAAACACAAGCUCACGAUCAAUUAUUGGAACACAUGAAAAAAGCUAAACAAUCAUCAUAA